GUCUGCGCCUCAUACGAUGCAAAAAUGUCAACCCAAAAUCAGCUCCGAGCUCAAUUCCAUCCUGAGCAGCAAUUUCCACUUUGAAGAGGUUGCAUCAUGCUGCGCCAACCAGCCUCACGCUGCCUGCGGGCGCUGCCGCGACGCCAGCAAUUACCGCAAAGCCGGACCAUUUUCUCCCGCCGGAGCAGAGCUUCCCCUGGCCGCGCUAGGGAGGAACUCAACGUGCAGCGCCUUGCCCAGGAGAGCCAUGAGUACAAUCAGAUGCGCCGGACCUUCCUGACCGCAGGUGCUGUAGCCGGUAUCAUAUCGUUCAUCUACACGGCCUACAAGCUCAAGUUGGCCAUCGACAACAAACCGGCGAAGCUCGAUUCGACACUUCCUCCCAGCGACCCCCUCCUCGAUGGCAGUAACAGAAAGGUCGUCUUGCACGACGACCAGGGUCGUGAGCUCGUGCCGACGGGCAACAAAACCGUCGAGUUCUUCCCAAGGACGAUAGAUCUGCCAACUGUAUCCGAGAACAGGGCAUCAUCGGCGCCUUCCGAUCCGCUCGCCCCUCCGAUUGUGGUAAAUCCUUCCACCCAGCAGACGACCGAGUACACCCUCGUCGGCCUGGGCACACGCUCCGUAACAUUUAUCGGGAUCAAUGUCUAUGUCGUGGGCUUCUACAUCGCGACAGCCGACAUUGCCGCCCUGCAGUCCCGGCUCGUCAAGCGCGUGAACCCGAUUGCGACGACCCUUGUGGCCGGCGAGAAGGGCGACUUGCACAAGUCCCUCCUCGACCCCGUCGAGGGCGAAGCCAUUUGGAACGAGCUCCUGCGUGACGGCAUCCCCGCCCGCUCCGCCUUCCGCAUCCUACCGGUGCGCGACACAGACUUCCACCACCUGCGCGAUGGUUUCGUGCGCGCCAUCCAGGCCAGGUCCGACAAACUUGUGGAUGAGGCUGGCAGCAACGCCGGUGGUGAUCUGGUCAAGGCGGACAAGGACGCCUUUGGCGAGUCGAUGCGCGCCUUCCGUCAGCUCUUUAACCGUGGCAAGGUACCCAAGUCAAAGGAGUUGCUGCUGACGCGCGAGGACGGCGGCAGGCUGAGGGUGGUGUAUGAUGAUGGCAAGAGCAGAGAGGUCAUUGGGACCGUGGACGACGAGCGAGUCUCGCGUGCCUUGUGGCUCAACUACCUGGCUGGCAAGAAUGUGGCCAGCGAACCGGCGAGGAAGAGCAUUGCCGAUGGCGUCCUGGAAUUUGUCGAAAGACCGGUAGGCACUGUUGCCGCCCAGGUUUUGUAACUACCAUUUGUACAGGAGUAGAAUGGCACAGCAAGUGCAUGUAAAACAUUACCAGGAUCUUUUCAGGCACAGAAAGGGGGCGGCAAGAUCUUGGACACAUCCACUUCGAUAAAAUAUCUUCAGUGUAUGAGUUGGUCAAGACAAGAUUCGCGACGUUGAGAUGCGGAGAAUUUACUCGAUGUUAACGUUGCAAGGUUUGAAAAAACAAGAGCAUGCUGUAGUUGAACACACAAGUAUGAUUAGGUAUGUUUAUUGUGGUUAUUGUGACUAUAGAUCUAUAUUCCUGCGCAGUUCACAGCGACGAACUACCCGCACGCUUGCUCCUAUCGCCGGUAACAGUCUCAGCCUCUAUGCUUAUGGGUAACACAACAUCUGAAAUGUGUGCU